AGGGACUGCAGUGAAUUCAAUAAUAGCUUUCAACUUGCAACUCAAGAGAGGAUAAAAGGAUCUCUGUCCGACAGCAAAAAACUUGCAGUCAACUGUACGCUGAAAGUUAGCUGGAACCACACCAAGAAUUGGAGCUUGUGGAGCAUUAACACCAGCAUGGACCAGUUGGGCCAAUUUGCCUGUUUCUGUGCUGGUUAUUCCAAAAGAAUGUCUGAUCUGGAGAACGCAAUGGUCACUAUUAUUGAAACCUUUCACAAAUACAGCGGAAGAGAGGGAGAUAAGCUGAAGCUGAAGAAGGUGGAACUGAAGGAGCUCAUUAACAACGAGCUCUCCAACUUCAUUGGUGACAUUAAAGACCAAGAGACUUUGGACAAGUUGAUGGAAAGCCUGGAUAGUGACGGUGAUGCAGAGUGUGAUUUUCAGGAGUUUGUUGCUUUCGUUGCUAUGACAACUGCGGCUUGUCAUGAGUUCUUCGUCCAGGAGGAUGAGUAAAUGGGCUAAAUGACAGCACAAUGGCACUGGAAGCAAAAUUCAGAGCAGGGUUCUGCCUAUGUAGACACUGCAGAAAUAAUAAGCAGUUCCAGGCAAGCGCACCCUCUUGCAAACUAACCUUCGCUUCCGUGUAGUUGUGAAGAAGCCCAUUAUGCUGCAUAAAGCGCAGGGUUUCAGCUACAGGUACUGACGAACAGCACUAAUUUGAAAGCAAUGUAACACAAGCGAGGCUGUCGAAGAUUGUGUAACGCCAAAAUACAUUUAAUCAAAUAAAGAAUUAACAAUACCUCUUAGUGUAGGUGAAAGACUGGAUCAGUGAACAGUGAAACAUGCUUGUAAUGGAUCUAUAAAUAAAAUGAGUCACUUUGCACAAUGGCACAA